CGACCGGAACCCGCCUCUGGCGCGAGGCCGUCACUUGAACAACGACGGUCCCCACCCUCGCCCCCGGCGCAGCGCCGGGUGAAUAACGCGCCGAAUGUGCUUUUCCCGAUGGGCAGUCACGUGCGCGGCGGCGACGGCGGCGGGGAAGGGGGGCGGGGUGAGUGGGCGCAAGGGGCGCGCCCUUGGGCAGUCCCGUCCCACGCCUGCGGGCCUGUGCUGCCGCCCAGCCCAGCCCAGCCAUGGCCCUGCUCAGAGGUGUGUUCAUUGUUUCAGCCAAGCGAACACCUUUUGGGGCUUAUGGAGGUCUGCUCAAGGACUUCACAGCCACUGACCUGACUGAAUGUGCUACACGCGCUGCACUGUCUGCUGGCAAAGUCUCCCCUGAGAUCAUUGACAGUGUCAUUGUGGGUAAUGUCAUGCAGAGCUCCUCAGACGCUAUUUAUAUUGCAAGGCAUGUUGGUUUGCGUGUGGGAGUUCCUAUCCCGGUUCCAGCCCUUACUGUCAACAGACUCUGUGGUUCUGGUUUCCAGUCCAUCGCCAAUGGAUGUCAGGAAAUUUGCCUUAACGAGUCAGAAGUGGUUCUUUGUGGUGGAUCAGAAAAUAUGAGCCAGGCUCCGUACAUCGUCCGAAACAUUCGAUUUGGAACCAAAUUCGGAACAGAUCUCAAGAUGGAAGACUCUUUGUGGGCAGGCCUAACAGACCAGCACAUUAAUACCCCAAUGGCAAUUACAGCUGAAAAUCUGGCUGCAAAAUAUAACAUCUCGAGAGAGGACUGUGACCGAUAUGCAAUGAAAACACAGCAGAGAUGGAAAGCUGCUCAUGAUGCCGGUUACUUCAAUGCUGAGAUGGCGCCAAUUGAAGUGAAAACAAAGAAAGGAAAACAGACUAUGGAACAGGAUGAGCAUCCUAAACCCCAAACCACCAUAGAACAGCUGGGAAAGCUCCCUCCUGUCUUCAAGAAAGAUGGGACUGUCACUGCUGGGAAUGCUUCGGGAGUAUGUGAUGGAGCUGGGGCACUUGUCAUAGCCAGUGAAGCGGCACUUAAAAAGCACAGCCUCACUCCACUGGCUAGAAUAGUAGCCUAUCAUGCGUCUGGAUGUGACCCCAACAUCAUGGGCAUUGGCCCUGUGCCUGCCAUUACUGAGGCCCUGAAGAAAUCAGGACUCUCCCUGAAAGACAUGGAUUUGGUAGAGGUCAAUGAGGCUUUUGCUCCUCAGUAUUUGGCAGUUGAAAAAGUUUUGGGCCUAGAUCCUGAAAAAACCAAUGUCAACGGAGGUGCCAUUGCUCUAGGUCAUCCCCUGGGAGCAUCAGGGUCAAGGAUCACUGCUCAUCUGGUUCAUGAAUUAAGGCGUCGUGGUGGCAAAUAUGCAGUUGGAUCAGCUUGCAUUGGAGGUGGACAAGGUAUUGCUCUCAUCAUUGAGAACACGGCCUAAGAGAAAUUGGGGACUUCAGUGCCUGUUCACAACUAACUCCGACUGUUACAUGCUCACCAAAUAAAGGAAUAAUGAAAAGACAAUACCUAGUACAAAUACAGAGCAUCGCGACCUAGCUUUAUCUGGUGACCAUCCUGCAAGAUGAAGGAAAGGCUGCGAAGUCUGAUUUCUGAACAAAAUAACUUGAUUGAUUUUUUUGAUGAUGUCCUCAUAAUUAAACUAAAAGUAAAGCCACUAUAACUUCUCUCUUCUGAAAUAUUUCUUCACAGUCUUUCCAGUUGAAUAAAAUUUGUGUCUCAUUCCCCCUUAACUCUUCAGGAAAUUAGGUUUGCCUGUCAAAUAUCCACCAAACCUGACUGAAGGUGAGAGUGCCAAAGUCAUGCGAAUACGGGCUUUGAUUAUUUUUUCAAUCAGUUCUGUCGUCUAAGAUAAACAUCUCUGAAAAUCCGUGUUCCUGCUGCAUUGCCAGAAAAUGUGGCUGUCUUUUUUUCUGUUUGAAGAUUGUCUCUAUGUAAAGCACAUAUUGCAGAAUACUGUGUGCAUUUUGUACUUGCCAUAUUGAAAGAACUAGGAGAAAACUGUGAAAUCUCCACUGUGCCUCAUAAUAAAACAGUAAAAAUGA